AUGCAUUUCAAACAGUUGCUCCUUUUUCUUACUGUAUUGGCCCAUGAUGUUAGCUGUUGGGAGCCCAGUUUUGAUGGAUUGACUGUUGAAACCACCGCCGGUCAAGUCCAGGGGUUCAUCAACAGCUCAACCCCCGGUGUUCGCCAGUUCCUCGGUAUUCCAUACGCUGAAGCACCACUGGGAGCCUUGCGGUUUGCGCCCCCCCAGCCCAAGAAGAAAGGCGGGCCUAUCAAGGCGACCGCCUUUGCACCAUCAUGCAUGCAGCAACUUAGCAACGCUUCGACGAUCUACACAGAAGUAGUACCGCAGUUUCUUAUCAACGGAGGGCAAUCGGAAGACUGCUUGUACGUCCAUAUCUGGGCGCCGGUCGUCAAAGAUUCGCACAGGCGGAAGCGGAGACCUCUUCCCGUGCUUGUGUAUAUUCCGGGAGGAGGCUUCACGGGCGGCGGCGCCGACUCGGUUGCGAAGAUUCCGGACACAUGGGUUCAGCGUACGCAAUCGCACAUUGUCGUAAUCAUGAACUACCGUGUCAACGUCUUUGGAUUCCCGAAUGCGAAAGGGCUGGAAAACCGAAACGUGGGACUGCUUGAUCAAAGGAUGGCUGUCGAAUGGACGAGGGACAAUAUAGCCGCUUUCGGCGGUGAUACAUCGCGCAUAACACUUUGGGGGCAAUCAGCAGGCGCCGCCAGCGUCGAUACUUACGGCUAUACCUAUCCGGAAGAUCCCAUCGUAUCCAGCUUGAUUGCUGAUUCUGGCUCCGCUACCAUUCGGAGCAGCGCAGACUAUGCACAAACCAACUUUACUUUCCUCGCCGGCCUUGUUGGCUGUCGAGGUCUCAGCUCUGAUGCUGGACUAGCCUGCGUGCGCGACGUGCCUGCAGUCACUCUGCAGAGCGCACUUUCGAACUAUAUUGGUAGCGGGGCCAGACCAUCUAUCGCUUUUGUUCCAGUAAGCGAUAACGUGACCGUAUUCUCCAACACCACGGACAGAGCGUUGAGGGGUCUGGUGGCAAAGAUCCCCGCUAUCAUGGGAAGCAAUGAGAAUGAAGGUGCGGGUUUCGUUCCCUUCACACUGGCUGGCCCCGGUGCCGCAGCAUUGUUCGCCUUGACGCAGAGCAUAAUCGCAUGUCCUGUUGGUCUUGGAGUCAGAAACCGCGAACGUAUUGGCCUGCCGACUUACCGCUACCAAUAUGCCGGUAACUUCUCGAAUCUCGCGCCUGUCGCCUUCAUGGGUGCAUACCACAGCGCCGAGCUGCCCCUGUUAUUCGGCACGCAUGACCGCGAAUUCUACGGUCCGUCUACACCCUUUGAGUACGACGUGAGCCACACGAUGCAAGCUCUCUGGCUCUCGUUUGCCUCGAACCCCAGCGCCGGCCCUGUCAUUGCUACUUCCCGGCGCCAGAGGUUUGAGUGGCCGGAGUAUUCUUCGGACACGGAUUCGAUGGUGCUAUUUGCGUCAGGUGAUCGGGUCUUGCAGCUCGUUGAUGGGGACAGGAUUGAUGCAAAUUGUACUGGGCUAUGA